UACUAGCAGCCGCGACUGUAUGAGUACAUGUCGCGCGGGGGGAGACGUGAGCGCACGUAAUACGCACUGAUACGAGGUCCGUGGAUCCCAGGCAGUGGGGAAAGCGACGAUCCGGAGGCACGACCGUCCGACCAGUGCUCCGCUGCGACCAAAUACAUUUUACGUUAUUUCACCCACGUGCUCGUAUGUGUGCGUGUUCUGUCACGUACGCCUCUCAGUGGAGACACAUUGCAGUCAUUGACCGGUAACUGGACUGAACCGUAGGAAGGAUAGAGAAGAGGAUCGGAACCUGAGGCGAUCGUAGAGUCCACCAGUUACACAGAAAAACUGUUAGGGCAAUCGAGUGAUCUGCAGACAUGGACGCCCUCAAUGAUGCGAUACAGAUAUCGCCGCUCGUGCUAUCGGAUGAUGUUAGACGGCAGAGGAUCGAGCAAAGGGUCGCAGGGUUGCGAUUUUCCGUCGCGACCAUAACAGAGAUCCAAGAUGUGUUCGAGUCGGAAAUGAACAAGGGGAUUCAUCAGCAGCCGUCGUCGUUACAAAUGGAGAACACUUAUGUGCCGGAACUCCUCGACGGCACAGAGGAAGGCUUGUAUUUGGCGUUGGAUCUCGGAGGUACCAACUUCCGAUUGAUUCUGGUGGAACUGAUGCACGGUACACCAAUACGCGAAGAAGUAAAGAAGUAUCAUAUCAGCUCCGAUUUGAAAGUGGGAUCGGCCAUUCGCCUCUUCGACUAUCUGGCCAAAUGUGUCAGUGAUUUCGUCAUCGCGCAGGGUCUUCAGGAUGUAGAGCUUCCCCUCGGUUUCACCUUUUCGUUCCCUAUGGUUCAACAUUCCUUGGAUAUUGGCAUGCUGGUGACCUGGACUAAAACCUUCAACUGCCCUGACGCAGUUAGCGAGGAUGCUGUGAGACUACUGCGCGAAGCAUUAGAUCGUCGCGGCGAUACCAAGGUCAAGGUUGUUGCCAUUUUAAACGACACUACGGGAACGUUGGUUCAAGGAUCCGCUCUGGACUCUGAUACAGCCGUUGGUCUGAUAUUGGGUACCGGAAGCAACGCUUGCUAUCUCGAACGUGCGGAUCGGGUCGAACAUUGGGAAACUGAACGACACGGAGAACGCGAAGUUAUCAUCGACAUCGAAUGGGGUGCGUUUGGAGAUAAUGGUGUCUUGGAUUUCAUCAAGACAGACUAUGAUCGUGAGAACGACGCAAACUCUCUCAUUGUAAAUUCAUUCACGUUCGAAAAAUAUAUUAGUGGGAAAUACUUAGGCGAGCUAGUGCGAAUUGUUCUCGCAAGGUUAACCAAAGAAGAGAUGUUGUUUACCGGAGACCACCAUCCUGGAUUCAUUUUGAUACCUGGGAAACUUACAACAGAAUUGGUUUCAGACAUCGAACAAGAUUCUGUAGAGGGUGGUAGCAGCAACACUGUGAGAAUCUUGAGGAUGUUUGGUAUCGUUCCAGACGAAGACGACGUCAGCAUUGUUCAAUACGUCUGCGAGGUAGUUUCGAACCGCGCGGCUCUUCUUGUAGCGAUAUGUCUCGCGGUGUUAUUGAAGCGGAUCGAUAAAGAACUCGUAACGAUUGCUGUAGACGGAUCCCUAUACAAGCAUCAUCCCAGGCUGGAGACCUGGAUCAAUCAGUACAUUUCGCUGCUGGUUCCUGAUCACAAGUUUAAGAUAAUUCACGUCGAAGACGGAAGCGGGAAAGGAGCAGCGCUGGUUGCCGCGAUCGCACAAAGACUUCAACAAAGAAUAGACUAGUACCAGAUAGAAGCUGCGCGUGCAACGUAUUUGCAGUUUAUAUUUCUGUUUAAGCGUAAAAGUUUUUUUCCUUUUAUUAUUCGAAACAGUCGUCUAGUUCUUUGUAAAUUUGAUGUCUUGUUUCUCUACGUUGUUGAAUAAGAUCCACCCGAUCUUAUGUUUCUGCAGAUAAUCUUUCAAAGAGAAUUCACGUCGAUGCUUGAACCUUUAGUGAUUGCACAUUGUCCGCUCACUUUUGUAAAGUUCUACGUUGCCAUCUUCUUCAUGUAGAUUCGCAUGAGUCCCGUGUUACGUAUAUAGAUACGGCGUUAACGGACUCGUUUGGGCCGUGACGAAAAAUUGUAGCGUGUGUGAGUGUAACCGUGUGUAGUUUCGAGGGAACAAAAAACAGAACAACAAUGUUUGGUGUUGUGAACGCGAGCAUUAUAAACGACCUGUUCACAUUCCUAUAUUUAAAACGUAAAAUACAAUUCCGACAUGGACCACGAAGCGAAAGGAAACUGUGAGAGAAGGUUAUACGUACAAAUGCAAGGAAAAUAGAAAUCGUUGGCGAAUGUAUGGAAAUCGCGGAACGAACUAUUUGUACAAUAUGUUGUUAUACCUUGUAAAUGAUUGCAAGGACGUUCGAUUUUUUGUACUGGAAGAGAGAACGAGGUUGUUAUAAUAAACAUUCAAGCGAAAA